UCAUGACUCAGCUGACGUGACGCCGACGUCGGCAGAACCAAGUGAAAAAAAUGCACAAUAUUGUUGACGCUUGUGAGGAGGAAAGUUUAGUGCUUUAAUUGGUUAAACUAAAGUGAAAUCAGGGCACGUUCUAGAGGGCGAGACCAGGCGAUGGCUGACGAAGAACCGCCUUUUAAAAUCGGAUGCAUAAAGUUUGAAGCAGAGGAUGAAUUCCAGCAGGCGGUCCCAUUAAUAUCGCACUCAGCUGAAGAACGGAUUAUCAAUGUUCUUAAAGAAAUUUCCGAAGAGAAUAAAGAACUACGCGAUCAAGUUGAGGUCGUUUCUAAAAAGCUCGAUGUGAUGGCGGACAAACUGGCGGAGGCAACUGCUUUAAUGAAGACCCAGGUUCCAAAUGAGACGGAUGAUAUAAAAUUCCCAUUAAAAUCAGUGAUGGAGCUGGAGAACCUCGACUCCAUAAUAACAACUACGGAGCUGUCGGAUAUGUAUAUCAGAAAGAUAUGGAGCUUAAUUGCAAAUGGACCAUUAUCAAAAAGUAUAAAAAACGUGAUGGACGAGGGACUGAUUUUUGUUUUUAAUUUGGACGGAACAGCGGGCAAGAUGGCCCUAAAGGGAUAUAACAGGUUUUACAGUGUCUUGGAAAUGGCGACGCGGAUGAAGAGCCCCGGCGACUGCCCCAAAAAGGCUCUACGAAAAGCAAUACAAAAUGUUAAAAAUAAUAGUAUAAAAAAAAAUUCAAGAGCUAGAAAGGUACACAUAUUAAAAUAAAAUAAAACUAAAA